UCGGUUAUGAAAUUGGGUUGUUGGGUCUAUCGCACACAUAUACAUAUAUUGUUUGCUUUCACUGUGCUUGUGGCUGGAACUGGAAGGCUGUACAGUAGUCAGCGACCUCCGCCGUUGCCGGACUGCACUUUCUAAAGAGAGACUGAUUACCUCAGAUUCGUCGUCAGCGAGGUUUCGGACUUCUUCGGAAGACCCCAAAUUGAUUGAUUGCUCCUCAUAAUUUCCAGUCUCUCCAUCUCCUCAGCCAAAAAUGCGCUUCUUCGGGUGCUAGUCUUAGCUAGCAUACUUGAAUCGCUGACUCAUUAAAGAUCUAGGAUGUUGGAAAGGGAAUGGGAAUACUUCGAAGCCUAGAGAUUUGGAAACUGGGCACUGUCAACUACUUACAAGCACUUAAGCUUCAGGAGAAGCUUGUCUCUGACAGAAAAGCUCGUAAGAUUUCCGAUACUCUUUUGUCCCUACAACAUCCACCUACUUAUACCCUUGGCAAAAGGAGAACAGAUCACAACUUGUUACUCCCCGAACAAGAUCUCAAAAAUAUAGGAGCUGAACUUCACUACACGGAGAGGGGAGGGGACAUUACAUUUCACGGUCCACAUCAAGCCAUCUUAUAUCCUAUCAUAUCCCUGCGCGAUAUUGGAGUUGGGGCGCGCAAGUAUGUGGAGAAACUCGAGCUAAGUAUGAUUGAAAUGGCAUAUUUAUAUGGUGUGAAAGCUCAUGCUGGACAAACAGGCGAAACAGGGGUGUGGGUCGGGGACAGGAAGAUUGGCGCCAUUGGAGUUAGAAUUUCAUCUGGGAUAACGUCCCAUGGUUUGGCAUUUAACGUGGACCCAGAUUUAAGCUACUUUAAGCAUAUUGUGCCGUGUGGAAUCGCGGACAAGGGCGUUACCUCGUUGAGGAGAGAGACAGAUAUGGUGCUUCCUGCGGAAGAAGUGAUUCAAGAGCAGUUGAUUUCUUGUUUUGCUAAGGUAUUUGGGUUUAGUGAUAUUGUUUGGAAAGAUGAGGCAUCCUCCAAUCCAUCUCGUGGGACAACUAAAACAUUAAACAAUAUAUUGCUGUCGAAUGACAAACAGUACUGACCGUGUAAUAUAUCUUUCAUUUUUUGACAUUUAUUUGUAUUAGUUGUUAAUGCUGAAUAAUAAUAAUAAUAAUAAUAAUAAUAAUAAUAAUAAUAAUAAUAAUAUAUA